AUGGGCAUCUUCAGCUUCCGGCGCAACAAGGACAAGAAGAAGGAUGCCAUCGGCGUUCCUUGGGGCCCGUCCUAUCCCAACGGCGAGGACGGCCUCGAUGCCAAGUCUCGGGCGCCCCUCUUUCCACCCACGCGCUUCUCCGCCCGUCUGAUCGCUGAGCUCCCCUCCACCGUCCUCGAGCGCAUCUUCGUCGCCGUGUGCCCUCAAGCCCAGGAUGAGUCCUACGAGACGUGCGAGCAGAGCGCUCUCGAAGAUGGGUGCAUGCUCUGCGACCUCAGGGAUCUCGCCCACUGUGUCCAGGUCUGCAAGCAGUGGCGUGCCGCUGCCAGGAAGGUUCUAUACCACAGCAUUCGGAUUGAUCCCGUUCACUAUUGCGCUCGUGAGGCCUACCUCGCCGAACUGCGCAAGCGCCGCACCAAGUUUGACCGCAACGGCGAACCCGAGGACACGCCGAGCGCCCGCCUGAAGCUUCUGUGCCGCACCCUCCGUGACGACCCGACCCGUCUCGGCGCCCGUGUUCGCUACUUCAAGACGCCCUACAUGCUGCGCGAAGCGGCCCAGGCCGAUCUCGCUCGCACAAUUGCCGUCCUGCCCAAUCUGCUCUAUGUCGAUCUUCCCGAAGGCCUCUUCUCCGACGACUCUGCCUACGCAACAUUGCGCCUCGAGGUCGAGGCACGAUGUCCCAAGCUGCUGAAAAUGACAUACCGCGGCGGGGCAGAGCGAAGUCUGGCCAAGCUGGCCCAGGGGACCAUUUGGAGGCAUCUCGAGGUCCUGGAACUGAUCAAAAUCAACAUGGAUCCCAACGUCUUGCGCCACGUUCUCGCCGCGCUGCCCAACCUGCACGCGCUCAAGGUGACCGACAGCAGGGCCUUCAGUGAUGACGUCUUCGUCUACAACGAGAUGUUGCCACCGUUCCCCGCGCUCGAGCAGCUCGUGCUCACCAAAACGCCCAAUGUCACGGCUGCCGGCUUGGUUGACUAUCUGAGCUAUCCCGAGACACGCGCCGCUCUCACCGUGCUCGCCCUCAACAAGACGGGCGUCGAGAUUCCCACCCUGCACGAGGUUGUCUCGCUUGCCACAUCUCUCAAGUCCCUCAUCACAUUGCGCUACGAAAUCAGCAGCGAUCCGCAAGCAAGCCCAUACUCCGGCAUCACACAAACCUACUACACGUAUCUCGCCUCCUCCAUCCUCGCCAAUGGCCUCACGAACCUGCGAGCCGUCUACGUGCUCGACGCUGAGUUUGCCGACCAGCUCUCCGGUCUACCGCCUCCGCCUCCGCGCGCCUCCUUCGCCCAACACGGCCGUCCCUCGUCCUCCGGCUCCGGCCUCUCCAAGUCGCCCCACGGCAACUUUCUCGCGCCAAACAUGACAGGUGGCAACGGUGGCCUUCAGCCCCCGAUGCGCCCCUUUGCCCCUUCGGGCGCUCCGGCCUCCAACCGUUUCAGCUCGAACAAUCCUUUCGCCGGCACGGGCUCCCUGACGCACACGCUCGAGGUCUUUGCCAAGAAGGACGAGGCCAUGAACUGGUCGUUCGUCAAAGUCUCGCCCACGGCACAGCUCGGCCCCGCGCCCUCGCGCUAUAGCAUGGUGCCGGGGGCGCUGCAGAACGAGAGGCCCAUCAGCUCCUACGGACUCGGCGCCGACAUGCUCGGCAACGGGUGGACACGGCUGGCGCGCGACCGCAGCGUCAUGGGUCGGCAACGGCAUCGGCGGCUUCACGGCCUUACCGCAGGAUGCACCACCGCCCAUGCCGAGCGGGCUGCAGGCUGGCGGGGACUCGUGGCCCGCGUCCCGUCAGCAGUGCUGGAGAGAAAAGGGGCGAUCGGGACAUGUGGCGCUUGGAUCGAGGAUUAG